AUGUCUCAAGACCCAACACGCCAAUCGAUCCUCAUUCUCGGUGGCGGCUGUUUCGGCUUGGCCACGGCCUUUGAGCUUGCGCAACAGGGUUACAAGAACAUCACAAUACUCGAAAAGGACGUGGAUGUGCCGAGUCGGUUCUCAGCAGCUUACGACCUCAACAAGGUCAUCCGCGCCGAGUAUGCAGAUGACUUUUAUACCCAACUGGCCCUGGACGCCAUUCGCAAAUGGCAAUCAGAUCCCCUUUACGCACCUCAUUACCACCAAACAGGUUUCCUCAACGUGACAUCCGGCAAAGCUGCCCAAAACACAAAGGGUGCAGUGGAGAGCUACUUUCAGUCUCUUCAAAAGAAUCCAGCUUUCAAUGGCCAAACCACGCGUGUCGACAGCAGCCAAGAGAUCAAGAAGCUCGUCCCCAAAUUCACAGGUCCUCUCACGGGCUUCAAAGGCUAUCACAACAAGCUUGCCGGUUAUGGCCACUCUGCUAAUGCUUUGAGAGCUGUUUAUGAGCAGUGUGUUAAGCUUGGUGUCAAGUUCCAUCUGGGCAAGAAUGACGGUGAAGUUGACUCUUUGUUGUAUGCGUCAAGUCGCGAGGGUACAAAGUGUAUCGGCGCUCGGACUCGUGGAGGAAGCAUUCACACUGCUGAUACGACUAUCGUCGCUCUGGGUGCUGAUGCUGCCAACCUCCUUCCUCGAGUCGGGAAGCAAAUGACAGGUCGGGCCUGGGGUGUCGCACACAUCCAACUUACAGACGAAGAAGCAGCUCACCUCAAGGGAAUCCCCGUCACAAACGUGCGAGAUUUGGCAUUUUUCUUUGAGCCUGAUCUGAAGACCAAGAAACUCAAGUUCUGCCAUAUGGGAGGUGCUUUUACAAACUACUCUUUCACCAAAGAUGGCCUCUCACUUCCCUUCCCCGAAUUGUCUGAUUCACAAUUCAUGCCCCUCGAAGACGAGACACACAUCCGCCAACUUCUGAGAGAAGUGUUUCCCCAGCUUGCAGACCGACCCUUGAUCGACCAGCAUCUUUGCUGGUUCGCGGAUACGGAUGACUCUGACUUCAUCAUCGACUACGUCCCUGAUACGAACGGUACCCUGGUAGUUCUGAGUGGAGAUAGUGGACACGGAUUCAAGAUGAUGCCAAUCUUCGGGCAGUUUGUGCAUAAAUUGCUUGUUGAUGAGAGACAGGAUCAACGAAAGUGGCAGUGGAAAGGCAGCAAGGCAAAGGCAGCAGCUGUUUGGAGGAGUAGCGAUAGUCAAGAGCUCGCCAGUGUUCCUCGAGCCAAGUUGUGA